CCGAUCUGCUGCGCGCUCUUCCUCACGUAUUCGAGGAAAUAUGUCAGUGCUUCCCGCUGCCGAGUGCCCGGACCCGCCUCACGAGGCGCCCCGCCUGAACUUUCUGCCCUGGGAUCCCUCCCAAGUAUGCCUUGCCCCUCACAGCCCCUUCCAUCAGGAGACCAGAUCCACCCGAAGCGACACUCUGUCAGACAUGUCCGCCCGGCUGCACCUCAUCCCCCCCGCUACAUCUGCGAACGGGGGAACUUCCAGCACCGAGUCAGCCACUUCCCUGACGCGCCGGGCACGACAGCUGGCGCCAGACUGCCCGCGCACGGACCAGGACAGCGACUCGCCCGUCUCCAUUUCGUCGACUUUGCCCGUUUCCCCAUCCUUUAUGGCGCGGGAGAAGGACGGCUGGGGUCAGUGGUCCAUCACCAAGUGGCUGUACUAUUGGGGGGAGUUGUUUCUUGAUCUGCUGGCUGAGCUGGUGGUCAAGGUGCUGUCGACGCUGAUAUGGCGGCACCGGACGAAAACGCGGCCCAAGAGGAUCAUUUUGGUGCGGCACGGGGAGUCUUUGGGCAACAAAUACCCGAGCACGUACUUCGACGUGCCCGAUAACCUCAUCCCUCUAACCGACAAGGGCCGACGGGAGGCGAGGGUACGCAGGGAGAGCAGACACGGGCGGGGUGUGCACACGUUCUGCAGCCACUGGUGUGUGUGUGUGUUUGCGUGUGUGUGUGUGUGCAGGAGGCUGGCGAGUCCCUGAAGCAGCUGAUCGGCAACGAGACGGUCUCAUUUUACGUCAGCCCCUUUCUGCGGACCGCCCAGACCUUCGAGGAGAUGAUCAAAGCAUUCGACCGGGGGCAGUACUGGGUAAGCUCACCAUAUCGCCCCUUUCCUUGCCCAUGUUCUCCUUCCUUGAUGCCUGUGUCAGGUUCGGUACGAGCCACGCAUUCGCGAGCAGGAGUGGGGCUUUCUGCCCGGAAAAGAGUCGUUCGAAGAGGUCCGUGAGGGCAAUGGACACGUCAUUUUUCUGCAUGUGUGGAUUGUCCGUUGCUCUGCACGUGUGCAGGCCCGUGCUAAGCGGCAGCACGUGGGUCGGUUCUUCUUUCGGUUCCAGGGCGGCGAGAGCGGCGCCGACGUGUACGACCGAGUGACGUCCUUCCUGCACACGCUAUUCAGAGAGUUCGACAGCAAGGGCGGUCAGAUGGACAACGUGAUCCUUGUCAGCCACGGGUUCACCUGCAGGGUCUUCAUUAUGAGGUAGCCAGACGCUGCCACGGUCGGGCGAGUCUCUGAUUCUUCCUUGUGAGUUCGUGUGUGUGUUGUGUAGGUAUUUCCACUACAGCUACCAGGAGAUGGAGAGCUGGGAGAACCUCAGGAACUGCGAAUACGUCAUCCUCGAGAAGAACAAGUCGGGCGCCUACGAAUGCAUCACGCCACUCGAACGCAACCCCCUCGCACCGCCGCUCACCGACCACGGUAAGAUACCCUCACACAUUCACAAACAGGCGCGUGGACCCCCAGGUGCUCCCUUGGCAUGUGUGUGGCUGUGCCAGGUCCGUGUAUGUGUCGGACGUGCUCAAAGGCUGCCGGCAAGGGCCCCAUACCGCCGCGCGACAAGAGCAGAUACAGCGUCCUCACCGACAUCUUCAGGAACGACUGAGCCAGCCAGGGAGGGAGGGAGGGAGGGGAGGGGCCGCAACGCGACGCGUCGGCAUACUCACUGCCCACGUUUCUCGUGUUGUCUGUCUCUAUGCCUGACUCCGCCGACACAAAGCCGGUGGGGCGGGCAGUUUUUCAGUGUCACAUGGGCAGCCAGCUGCAUGAUAACUGAUGCUCAUUUGAGCAUUCAUCCAUUCAUCUGUUCUCGCUGUCUUUUUCAGUGCAUGGAAUAUGCCAUGCGAUGCGAUGCGAUGGCACGUGUGUGCUGAUGGGCACAUAUGAGGGUGGAGGCGGGUGCAGGGGGUCACCCAUGCAUACAUAGAGCACACAUGUGGAUAUCUGUCUGUCUGCCUGUCUGCCUGCCUGGUGUGUGCGUCCAUUUUGGUAUGUCGAACAUGCCGGCGGGGUGACCGCCCGGCUGAUUUCUAUCUAUCGGUGUGAGGAGGGACGGGGCGGAUUGGAGGGAGGGAGGGGUCUUUUCUGUGUACAGCACAGCACCAACGAGGGAGACGGGCCGACUGACUUGCCGACUUUCUUCCUUUUUGCUUGGUGUGUGUACAACUGCUCGGUCGAAAGCCGCGUGAGUGCACUCAUGAAUGGACGCACCAAGACAUUAGAGACAUCCAACUAUCGUCCUCCCUCGGCUUGUGUCUCAGCCCGAUGGAUGGCUGUCCCCUUCAACGUGGUCAUGGAAAUAUGAAACAUGGGAAUAUAAAAUGUAGGCAGAGAUUCCCCACCCACCUUCCUCGCUGCCCUUACGCAUCAACACAGACAGACUUCGCCAAUCAUACAUAUGUGCGUGAACGUCAGUCA